GACAGCCAAACCGCUUCCGCUGUGUGCUGUCAAGUGGCCAUCUUUCUUUUCUGAUUCGUACUGUGCAAGAAACGCAAAAUGCAGUUGCAUAUUCGAGGUCUCAACACUCACGUCCUGGACGUGCAGCCCCAGGAAACAAUUAGCGAGAUCAAGGUAAAACUUGCCGCCCUCGAGAACGUUGAAGAUGCCGAACAGCUGGUUCUAUCGUGCGAGGGUGCCAUCCUCGGUACGGACGCGCUCGUAGGUUCGCUGUCAUCCGUCGAACUCGACUUGACCAUUCCGCUGCUCGGAGGUAAAGUGCACGGUUCGCUAGCCCGUGCCGGUAAGGUUAAGGGUCAGACUCCGAAGGUCGAGAAGAAGGAGAAAAAGAAGAAGCGCACUGGCCGUGCCAAGCGUCGCAUCCAGUACAACCGCAACUUCUCCAACGCGGUGCAGGCCUUCGGACGGCGACGUGGACCGAACGCGAACUCGACGUAAAGACGGUUUAUGGUUCGGAUAACACAUGUUGACGAGGGAGGGAUCGAUGAGAAAAUAAACUCUAAUCCAUUAAUUAUUAAGCUGUA